AGCGCCGCCCCUGAUCGCCCUCCCAUCUACCCCUGAGAGAUCUUCCGGCUGUGCGCGACGUCGUGGGAGGGCUGGUGUCGACGGUGGACGCUGUGGUUGAUCGAAGACCGCGUGACGACACGUCCGGCGGUCGAAAAUCGCCGCAGCGGCUGUCUCGCCGCUCGCGGGCCGAGACGUGCGCCGCGCCACCGCGGCCGCGCGUCUCAACGCUCGUGUCGGUCUCCACGACUGUGUGCCACCGCUGAGCCGCGGACGCCGCGAUCCGCCGCCCCCACUGGCCGCGCGCCGCCCCGACGCGCUCGCUCGAACGCCCGCCUCCCCGACCCCCGCGCCGCGCGCGCCCCCUCACCCGCCGCCCCCCCGCAGUUCAAGAUGGGCAAGCGCACGAAGAAGGUCGGGAUCUGCGGCAAGUACGGCAUCCGGUACGGUGCCUCGAUCCGUAAGAACAUCAAGAAGAUGGAGGUGUCGCAGCACAGCAAGUACAACUGCGUCUUCUGCGGCAAGGACUCCGUGAAGCGCCAGUCGACGGGCAUCUGGAAGUGCCGCUCCUGCAAGAAGGUCAUCGCCGGCGGCGCCUACAUGCUCAACACGCCCCCGGCGGUCACGGCGAAGACGACCAUCGGCCGCAUGCGCAAGCUCAUCGAGGCGCAGGCAUAGGCGUUCCCCCCGUUCGACCCACCUUAACCACCGCCUUGCG